AUGAGCACUCAAGUCGUUAGGCGCCGCCGUCGAUCUGUCCUUGUGGUGCUGGUAUUGGCUCUGGCCCUAGCGCUGGUGCCACACCCACGAGAUGCCAAUGAACCUUCCUCUCACAGGCACUUCAUGGCAGUCGCACAAGAGCCUCUUGGAGUCGCGGAAGUUGAGGAUGCUUGCAUUUCCUUGACCUUGCUCGGGUGUGUGGGUUUUGUCAUGGCAACUUUCUAUCUUGUGAAUUGGCCUGAUCCUGAUAUCCGUCGAAUCUCCUUGGAAGUCAUCAAUGCAACCAUCAGCAUGUUUGGUGCACUACUUCUUUUCCACAGCUUGGAAGAACUCCUCGAGCACUACCUUCUUCAUCAUCUCACAGCAUGGCAGCAGGUGGCUGUGGCAAUGUUGCAGAUGCUCGUGUGGUUCACUGUGUUGCAGAUGAUCUUGGCCUACUACUCUGGUGCAAUUGGGGAACAAGAGGAAGUUGUCAAGCGAAAUACAUCUCAAACUUUGGCUGACCGCUGUGGGAGUCCUAGAAGCAAGGCACUCCUUCAAAGGUCUGCGGAAGAACAUUUCCGUGCAAUCAAGCUCAACACACAUGCCUGGAGCAUUUUGCUUGGCCAUGCUACCGGCUUUGCAGCCAAGAAUGCGUGCAGCAUGCUCCAGCAAACCGUGCCGCGAAAUUUCUGGUGUUGUGGCCUUGUUCCAAUCAUCUCUUUCUUUGGCAUUUGCCUCAUCUACCGUGCUACCAACUUUUUCCGCUACAUAAAGACUAUGGCAGAUGGAGAGGAGGACGAGUUUGAGAUGCUCUGGGGCGAGUAUACCACAGAGACCGAAGACGAAGUGAUUUCCCUGGCCAUUUCCUUCCUCGUGGUGCAGAUGUUGCGCUAUGGCAUUUCUGGUGAACUUCCGCUUGCAUCUGGCGAGGAUGCUGAAGGGCAAGUGUGGCAUUCAAAUUGGUCUUGCGCAUUGCUGGUCCUAAUUGGACUGAUGCCCGGUGCAGUGGAUGUGGUGAGGGUGAUGUGUCAAAGAAUCGCUCAAAAGUGGCGGCGCUACCGUCGGAUUGCGAGUGGCCUCAGUGCGGAAAGCCCGACCCAUUAUGAGCAAAGAAGUCACCAUUGGUGUGAAGGAAUCUCGACCAUGAGCUUUGCUUGGUGCCUUCACUUUGCGAUCGAUUGGUUUGUUGCUUCUCACCUUCACCUCCUCGACGGGACGGUCAAAGCAGUCAUCUCUGCCUUGGCGGCGGCCACGCUUGCCUUUCUGUUGAUCUUUGUGUUGGACAAAGUGGCAGACAUGCACCUUGAAGAUGUUGAGGUGGACCAAGCUCUUCGGGGCAUGAUCACUGGUUUGGGGAUGCUGGUCGGCUUCUCCUGGGAACGCUGCUUCGAUGCUUCUGUGGGUGGAUUGGCACGAUAUGAGGUUCUCUUCGGCAUGUCCCCUCCUGUGAACCGCGUGCUAUUGGCCUCUUUCCUGGCACUCAUGGUCCUCCCUGCAUGGAAGUGGUACAUUUUGCCGAUGCUCCACCAGCUUGACCACAGCAACCACGUCACAAACCCCAUUGCGGAACCCGUGCCUGCUCUUGGAGAUGAGACCCGGCUUUUUGGAAGAGUUGGGCCAUCACAGAUGAUGCAGGUAGGGAAGAGUGAGAGCCCCAAGUGGGUGGAUUGA